UGUAUCUGGAACCUGCAGUACCAGUAUGUCAAAAAAAUUCAUCAAAACACAACUCGCGACCUUGGCUGAUUCUGUCAACAUGAUCAUAGACGGUCCAAAAAGCCUUCCUAUAGCUUUCCAUGCCGAAAUGGGAUCUGACAAAACCAUUGCUAGCGGUCAGACAUGGAUUUAUGACAAAAUCAUCACCAACGUGGGGAAAGGUUACGAUCCCACCACUGGGAAAUUCAUUGCUCCGGAUAAAGGCCUCUAUUUGUUUGCUUGGUCCUCCCUUAGUGACCCGGGGAAACAGUCACAUGCUGGGUUGGUUGUGAAUGGGAAAGUGAUGGGAAGACAAGGUUUAAAUAAUAUAAAUGGUGGACAAAAGUGGGUCACUGCUGGGAACACCAUAAUCCUGGUUCUACAGAAAGGAGACAAUGUGUAUAUUAGGGAUGUCCAUGGUAGAGUCGCAGAGUUACUGGGUCCAUGGACAACGUUCAGUGGAGUACAAUUGGCUUGACACCUAAUUACAAUAACUUGCUA